AUGAAUGCCUCGACUGGUCAUUCGAGAGACUUCGAAAUGGACAUGGGCAAUACCCAAAAUCCGGUUCAUUCUGCUGUGCCUCCUGUUGCUUCUCAUCCUAGCGUAGGACUGGCUGCACUGGAGUCAAUUUACAUGGCCCCAGUCAGUGUAAUAGAAGGUGCUUCGACCGGCAACUUGAUUCGAGACGGAUCAACACAGCAAAAUAUCACGCGAGACAUCAAGCGAGGUGCGCGCGGACUGCCCAGCCGAAAGCCAAGCCCAGCGCAACACUACAGACAUGUCAAGACAUCCGCGAAGGUGGAGAAGCAGAAGUCAAGGCGGUGGAAAAGUAAGACCGCGGACUCGAGACUUUCCUCCGAAUUGGAUCGACUUCUCGUCGGCGAGGACACCUCUGAAGGAUCCUUUUUCGGAGAAUCACCUACAGCGUACAAGGUUCAGCACCCGUUACGAGCCGCUUUGCAGGGUCUUCCUGGCUUUUCAUUCGACGACGAGCUGGACAGUGUCACUUUUGGAAAGCAUCGGCGCGUCUUAUUUGGCCUUGCCGAGAUCAUGGAGCAAGGUGGGCGUGACGCAAUCAAGGUCUGGCUUGAAGAGUUCCUCUUGCUUGCUUUUCAGACGAUGGAAAAUAUUGUCGCACGCCAUCCGCAGUCCAAUGAUAUGGAUGACGUUCCCAUGGGAUUCAUUAUCUUGGCCAGAGAAAUGGAGUCGACUACCGACAAGUCGCCCGCAUCUAGAUCUUUCUCGCGCGCGCGGAGAACUAUGGAGAGAAGGCUUCGUCAAAGCUAUGAUUUGCGGAAGCUCAUCGACUGGGUUCUCGAUGCUCGUCGAAAGUUUCUAGAAUCGAAGCCGAGGCCCAUGCCUGGCUUUGGAAUCUUUGGGCAGGCGGCGGUGGAGGAAGGAACCGAGCUUGAGAAGAAGCUAUGGGCAACUGUAGAUGCGCAAACGACUGGGGCAGCAAGAUAUCCACCGUGUUGA